AAAAACGGAUGCCUUUUCAAAUACAAUCACCCCUCGGAGUGUCUCAAUGCAGACAGAAUCCACCAUUGUGGGUGUAGUACCACUAAAAGAUGGCAAUGAGAAGAAAUUGGCACAAUGGCUGCAGAAGAUCCUUCCAUUGGUUGAGGAGGAACUCCGAAUGGGCAUAUCACCAUGUCCUCUGGGAUCAUUUCGGCGUGAAUUGCAAUCACCAGCUAAAAUUACCUUUGUUGAAUGCCUCAACGUUAAGGUGCCCAAUGUGGCAAGUGGGAAGCUCACUAAGGGAGCCGCAACGUGGCUAUCACUUGCAACGGGAGGAGCACCUGCCCUGGCACUGGCGUGCACAACAAUCCACGAAUCUUGGUGUGAGCACAACACCCCGAAUGUGAUGAUUUUCACUCCAAAGAGGGACUUUCAAGGCAGUGGUUUGUGCUACACUGAAUCUCACACAAUCCCCGUGAAAUCCUGCAUUCAAAUUCUCUCGACAAAUACCUACAGCAGAGAUAUUUUUGCCGGUGGAACUGUCCUCGGGGAUUUGUACAUUUGGCAGCAGGAGCAGCAUCAUGGGAGAGAUUCUGCGAAAGAGCUAUACUCAGGCACAACGCAUAGUGGGGAGAUUGUUGCCAUGUCCUGGCUGAAACUUCGUCCCGGAUCACUUGACGUCAAUCUUCUCACCUGUCAUGCAGAUGGGAUUGUGGAAUCGUGGAAAAUUCUCGCCACAAUGCAAGUUGUCCAUGAGAAGACCUUCAGAAUUUCCGCGAAGAGUCAAAAAUUCCCAAGUCUCGAUCAUGCCCCAUCCCUCCGAACAAUCACCUCAAUCGACGAUAGGAGUGAGUUUGUGAUUGGAACUGAGGAUGGCAGAGUUAUUCUCUGCUCUGCAAAUCAACUCUCCACAAUUCGCGGCGCAAAGAAUGUCUACGAUCCCGUGAUUGCUGAUCUGGAACAUCAUCAAUUUCCCGUGACAUCUGUGCAAAUGAUCACGCACGGAGGGAAGCAAUUGCUGGCAAGCUGUGAUCUCACUGGCGAGGUAUUUUUCCACGAUAUUCUACGUUCCACUGAACCCGUUGUGGUACUCAGGAUGCCCCUUCCGUUCAAGAAUACCAUUGCAAUCGGGAAGAAUUUGCAAUUUAUCGUGAGUCCCGGAGAAUUUGGAAGUUUGGAAAUUUUUACAGCAUCAUCCGGACAGAAAACCUCUCUUGAUGGAAAUCUCCGGGGUAAAGGGAAUCUCCUGGCCAUCAGUAGCAAUAGUGAAUGGAUCGUAACAGGAGUGUACGAAGGUAAUUUCAACAUCUAUCGUAUCAUUCUGGAUUAA